GCGAGUGGCGGCGUCAUGGAGGACGAGCGUGUCUUCUCGGACAUCUGCGGCGGCCGCCUGACCCUGCAGCGCCGCUACUACUCCCCGUGCUGCCGGGAGUUCUGCGUCAGCUGCCCGCGGCUCUCGCUGCGCUCGCUCACCGCCGUCACCUGCACCGUGUGGCUGGCGGCCUACGGGCUCUACAGCCUCUAUGAGAACAGCAUGGUCCUCUCCGCCGCCAUCUUCAUCAUCCUCGGGGGCCUGCUGGGUUACCUGCAUUUUGUAAAGAUUGACCAGGAGACUUUACUGAUCAUCGCUUCGCUGGGCAUCCAGAUGACUUCAUGCUAUGCAUCAGGCAAAGAAAGCACCACCUUCAUAGAGAUGGGCAAGGUCAAGGAUAUUGUCAUCAACGAGGCCAUUUACAUGCAGAAGGUGAUUUAUUAUCUGUGCAUCCUACUGAAGGACCCGCUGGAGCCACAGGCCAUCGCCCAGGUGGUGCCCGUUUUCCAGAGCUCCAAGCCCCGGCUCGACUGCCUGACCGAAGUGUACAGGAGCUGCCAAGAGAUCCUGGCGCACCAGAAAGCCACGGCCACAGGCCCCUGAGGCCAGCCAUGAGGCCAGCGUUGUCUUCCACAGGCAGUGGCUCCUAAGCACAGCAGCUGCUGUGUUUCCUCUGAGCCCUUCAGGUGGUCGCGGUCCACAGGAACAGGAUGGCUGGGGUGGGCUCAGCUCUAACGCAGAAAUGGAAACCUACCACAGUGACUUCCGUGCACAACAGAUACCCCCUGGCAAGGCCAGCCUGCUUUACCAGCUGAAGCGAGAGCGCAGCGACGUGGUGUGUCCGAAGCAAUUGUAGCAAAGAGCACUUUGUGAACCUCACAGCAUUCAACUCGGUGUUAACGCACCACUGGAGCUCUGCAGUUACAUCGCAGUCCCCCAGGCCCCUCAGGUGCUGGUGAGCCCCAGGAGACGGGCCUUGCCCACCUGGUCCUGUGUUCUGUGUGGGGUCACUGUAUGAGGACUCGUCAGUAAGUACUGAGCACAGUCGCCUGGUUCACACAGCAGUUUUUUAUUGACAAACGAUCACGGUGGUCCAGUCGUGGGGGCGAAGCACAUGGCACUCUGCUGCUACACUACUGCAAAAGCUGCUUUUGCCAAGGAUGGCACUGAAGGCAAGACAGAGACCGUGUUGGUCUCCAGACGUGAGACUCUCAUGUGGAAGUUGCAUAAAUAAGCAAACGAUCGAAGCCUUUGUAUCCAAGGCUGUGUCUCCUGUAGACAGUUAUUAACUGAACGGUGGAGGCGAGAGGGUGGGAAAAAGUUUGACCCCAAAUUCAGUGUGAGGAGUGCUCCAUAAGUGCUCGCUCUUUGGAGUUCUGUUUUCCAGUUUGUUUUGUUUUGAAUUCCAUGGGUGUAAAUGUCCUUACUGGCCUUAGAGACAUAAUAUAAUAUCAGAACCGCAUCUUAGCCCCCAGCCUUGGAGGGGUUACCCAGGAGCCAGUGGAACACGUGCCUUGUGCGAGGUAGAAAUGUUACAGCCAGACCCCACAUCCUGAGGGGGCAGAGGGCAGUAACAUUACGGCCCUAAAGCUGCCUGUCUUGCAAAGUCAAGUUCAUGUGCAAGACAUAGAAACUGACGGCGCUGCUUUCUGACUGGGUGCAAGGGAAGCCUAGGACAGCUGAGGCCUUCAGAUGGGCGAUGCCAGCCUCUGCAGUUCCGCAGUGUGCCCCCCUACACGCACACACACAUUGUGGGCCUGAAAGCUGCUUGUGGGUUGCUAUCGCCAAAGCCACAGUGUCCGGCACUUAGAACAUGGAAAUAAACCUGUCUUCUCGGAUGCUGGAAAAUCAGCAUUGAGCACGUU